GGCUUUCCAGGCCUCCGGGCCGCGCGCCCGCCCACGGGCUGCGGGUCUGGCCUCCAGGUGUGGACCUAACAGCGCCCUGUAGCCCUUGGAAGCGCUCUGACAUCUCCGGGCUUUGUACUGCAAACUCCGAGCGCGUUGUAGUCCCGGAAGCGCUUUGACAUCUCCGAAGUAGCGCUGUGCAAACUGAAGCGCUUGGUGAUCGCGGAAGCACGUUGUGGGCUUGGAAACCGAAUCGAACGAAGCCUUUGGUAAAUCCUGCGAUCUUCUGGACUUCUCCGAAGCGCUUUGGAAUCGCCAACACUCGAAGCGCUUUGGCAUCUCUGGAACCUUGAGAACUGUGAUGGGCAGUGGAAAGAAGGGGAAAAGGUGCCCAUGGCGUCGGAGCGGCGCAAGGUCAAGUACCACUGGAACAGCACUUCGGAGCGGAAUUCCCGCAAGCGCACCUGCCUCCGGGAGUCCAGUGAUGUGGCCCCCUCCAGCUGGCCAGCUCAUAGCUCUGCAUCGCGUUCGGGAGGGGCCAGCAGCCCCAAGCGCAUGAAAGCCCAGAAGGAGGACGAUGUGGCCUGCACGCCGAGGUUGUCUUGGGGCUCAUCCCGCCGCAGAAGUUCCUCCUCCUCCUCCUCCCAUUCCUCUGGCCCAGGUGUGGGUGGGGCCGCCUCCAAAAGAGGCCUAAUUCGGAGCUCACGGGGCUUCCUUUCGUCAGGGGGAUCCCCUCUGCGCCCUGGCAAACCCUCUCUAGAAGAAAUGGCUUCUCUAGAGGAGGAAGCCUGCAGCCUUAAGGUUGAUUCCAAAGAUAGUUCUCGUAACUCCAUGGACUCUGAAUUUGCAGCUGAAGCUGAGGGUCAAAAUGAUACCAUAGAGGAGCCAAACAAGGUCCAGAGAAGGAAGCGGGACCGACUUGGAGACCAGGGCUCUACGAUGAUCUACCUGAAGGCCAUCCAGGGCAUCCUGGGAAAGUCGAUGCCAAAAAGGAAGGGAGAGGCUGCCACUCGGGCCAAACCCAGCACGGCAGAGCGUCCCAGCCGCCGAGAGGGACCAGCCAGGAGUGUCAGUGUGUCUGCUCCGCAGGAAGAGAAGGAGCCUGCCCCAGAGGUCAGAGCGGAGGAGGAGAAGGCUGUGCGCGAGAAGAGCGGCCUCCGCGACAGGAGAGUGGUGAUAGACCCUCCGGGGAAGCCCAGCGAGGAGCCCCUUGGCGACCGAAGGGUGGUCACUGAGCAACGCUCUCCAGCCCUGGAGGUUUUGGAUGAUUCUCACUCGCAUUUAAACAGCCCAAAGCCUAAAGAAAGGGAGGUGGUGAUGGAGCACAGCUCUUCGGGAAGCGACUGGUCCGACGUGGAUGAGAUUUCCACAGUCAGGUUCUCUCAGGAGGAGCCCGUCUCCCCGAAACUCUCAGCAGCUCCAGCGCCUUCUGCCUUCCCCACUGACUACGUCAUGUACCCGGCCCACUUGUACAGUAGCCCCUGGUGUGACUACGCCAGCUGCUGGACCAGCAGCCCACAGACUUCCAGCUACCCCUCCGUGGGCAGUGGCAGUGGAGACACGGCCCAGGCGGGGAAGGGCGGCCGGGGCUCUUCCCCCAGCUCGACAGUGAGCUCCCAGAACACCUGCAGAGGCCCGGAGGCCGCCAAGGAAGGCAGAUCCCGGGAUUCUCGUUCAUCUCGUUUCUCCAGAAGCUCAGAAGAAGAAGAGGUGAAGGAGAAAAGAACAUUCCGGGAGGAUGCACCACCACGUCCGUGUGGAGGACACGCAUCCAGCUCCCUGCCAAGGAGCCGUCGGGAGCCCAGGCUAGAGGGUUUCAUCGACACCCAUUGUCACUUGGACAUGCUCUAUUCCAAGUUGUCUUUCAAAGGGACCUUCACAAAGUUCAGGAAAAUUUACAGCAGCUCCUUCCCUAAGGAAUUUCAGGGCUGCAUCUCUGACUUUUGCGAUCCUCGGACACUGACAGAUUGCCUGUGGGAGGACCUUUUGAAAGAGGAUCUGGUGUGGGGGGCCUUUGGCUGUCACCCCCAUUUUGCACGUUACUACAAUGAGAGUCAAGAAAGAAAUCUUCUGCAAGCCUUAAGGCACCCCAAAGCUGUGGCAUUUGGGGAAAUGGGUUUGGAUUACUCUCAUAAGUGCACCACGCCUGUCCCAGAGCAGCACAAGGUGUUUGAGAGGCAGCUGCAGCUGGCCGUGUCCCUAAGGAAGCCCUUGGUGAUCCACUGCCGAGAAGCUGACGAAGAUCUGCUGAAAAUCAUGAAAAAGUUCGUGCCUCCAGACUACAAGAUUCACAGGCAUUGCUUCACCGGCAGCUACCCAGUCAUCGAGCCCCUGUUGGAGCACUUCCCCAACAUGUCCGUGGGCUUCACGGCCGUCCUGACUUACUCCUCUGCCUGGGAGGCCCGGGAAGCUCUGAAGCAGAUCCCGCUGGAGAGGAUCAUCGUGGAAACCGAUGCACCCUACUUCCUGCCUCGACAGGUUCCCAGGAGCCUUUGCCAGUACGCCCACCCGGGCCUGGCCCUGCAUACGGUCCGGGAGAUCGCCAGGGUCAAAGACCUGCCGCUGGCCCGCACCUUGGCCACCCUGCGUGAGAACACCUGUCGCCUCUACAGCCUUUAAGCCAAUGGGGUGCCGUCAGGAGUCUCCCAGAAAAGACGACCAGCGGCCUGACGGCAGAAAGGCCGUGUGAACUGUGUGUGUCCCAGCUCGAGGAUGUGUUUGAGAGCCCAUUGGAAUGGAGGAAACCUGGACAGGAUGUUUCCUGAAACCCGUUCGAAGGCUCCUGCUUCCGGCUGUUGUGGGGGGUGGGCGGCAGGCGCACAGUGGUGCUGGUGAGGGUGCGGGCUGGCCUCCCGGGCCGGGGCCCCGGGGCUUCGGUGGAGGGGGAGAGGCUGACGGGAGGGCGCAGCGAGCGUGCCUGCCAGUCCCUGUCCUUGGCAGCCUGUGCGUAACCACACUCCUCCUCGUCUCGGCGCCUGUGGGCGUGUAACUGGGUUCCUGGUUCUCCACGCUAAAAAACGGACUCCCAGGUGGGAAUUCUGCUCCGGGGGGCUUUGCCGGAGACUCGUGGAGCUUACUGUCCUGCAGCCAGUGCAGGCAGCCCCUCCUUUCCUGGACGACUCUUCGGUUUGGCUUUCACUGUUGCCCUUCAGCUCCAUGUCGGCUCAGGCAGAAGAACCUCGGCUGCUGGUCUCGCUGGUUCUGCUGCCAUUGAUCUGAGCGGGCAGAGGGACGCUCAAUGUCCAGGACGAGUUCUGGCCUGGGGAGAUGUGGACAGAUGGGGGGACUUGAGGAAGGAGACCCCAAGGAAGGUGCUCCCACUGUCAGGUGCCCUCAGGGCUGCAGCUCGGUUGUGUUAGAUGGAAAGGGCCCAGUUUGCAGCAGAAGCCACCUGCUGGUCUGCUGUCGGGGGUCCCAGCUGCCCUUUACUCCACUUUGCCCCCUUCUCCUGGAACAUUGGACCAAAAAUAACUCCUGUUUCAUCUCAUGUUAACAGCCCCUUGUGUGUCCCACCCAGGUGGAGAAGUAAACCAGUUUAAUUCUCCAAAGCUCUGCUGGCACCGCCCAGCCCUGUUCUGUUGCCUUUGCGGAGCAUGUGGGCCUGGUGUCUAACUCCCCUCCUGGGGCUCUCCUUGGCCUCUGCUCUGUCCCUUCUCUGUGGUGGAAGUGAGAUCCCCUCCUCGGACUUUCGUGCAGCCAGGUCAUCUCAAGUUCUGAGCUGUGCUCUGCUGCCUGCUGGUGCCUUGUGAAGGUAUAAUCAUUACAGGCCCUGGACGGUUGUGACAUCAAAGGUUAAGUGUGAGGACACUCUGCACUUUGGACAAAAGGAUCCUUUAUUCCAAUCUUCCUCAGUGAGACAGGCCACCCUGAGUCCCUUCUCUGUUUCUUGGAGGCCAGUAGUUUAAAUCAUAAGAUCCAUCACUUAGGCUGGAUUCCUCUAGGUGUUUGUGGCAGGUACUUUUGGAAGGUGCUUUUGAACCUCGUAAGCUUCCUAUCUGGUAUUUCCCUCUUGCCACGGUACCCAAGUUGCUGGCCUGGGAAGUAGGCCUUGAUUCACCGUCCACCUUUCACGGAUCUGCUGUGUGUCUUCUGCGGCUCACAUUUGGGGAAUCCGGGGCCUUGUUCUGCUUGGAAGAUUUGGAGGACUAAGUAUUUCAGAGUGCUUUAUGUCCCCCAAAUGAACUGCAGCUAAUCCAUCUCCUUCACGACAAGGCCUGUAAGUCAUGACUGCCUCCACGGGAAACCAACCAGGCCCGCGUCUGAGGAUUAAGCGCGAUAACUCAGUGGACGUCUCUGAGCCAUUGCAGUCUCCCUGCCAAGGUAAAGCACAAGGUGCUAUGUACUUUCACCCCUAGUACUUAGGAUCUUCAUUUCUGUGACACAGUGAAGCGCUGCCUGUGCGGGCGUGCCGGCGGGCUGGCGUUUUUGGUUCGGUUUUUGGAUGGCUGAUGUGAUUGUUCUUGCCGUGUUGCUGGAAUGCCUCUGUAUCUCGGCCCCCUCGCCGCCUUUGGCCAUCUCUUUCUGAAAAUAAAGUCGAUGGCUCUUCAGCCAA